GUUAGCCAUCGUUACUCUUAAAGGCUAAUAAAAAUGUCGGGAGGAAUACCAUCCUUAGCAUUAAAAGAUGAAGAUGUGACCAAAUUUUUGGCAUCUUCAACUCACAUAGGAAAUGAAAACUUAGAUUUUCAAAUGGAACAAUAUGUUUUUAAAAGGAGAUCAGAUGGUAUCUAUUUGAUCAACUUGAAGAAGACCUGGGAGAAACUUUUACUUGCUGCCAGAGCUAUUGUAGCUAUUGAAAACCCAGCUGACGUUUGUGUUAUCUCUGCCAGACCAUUUGGACAAAGAGCAGUUCUCAAAUUCGCUGCAGCCACUGGCGCCACUCCUAUUGCUGGUCGAUUCACCCCUGGAACAUUCACUAAUCAAAUCCAAGCAGAGUUUUGUGAGCCUAGACUUUUAGUUGUCACAGACCCGCGUAUUGACCACCAACCAUUAACUGAAGCUUCUUACGUCAAUAUUCCAGUAAUCGCUUUUUGCAACACCGAUUCUCCUCUAAGAUACGUAGAUGUUGCUAUUCCAUGCAACAACAAGGGUGCACAUUCUAUUGGAUUAAUGUGGUGGAUGCUAGCAAGAGAAGUUCUUAGAAUGAGAGGCACCAUCAGUCGUGAAUUGAAAUGGGAUGUUAUGGUUGAUCUUUAUUUCUAUAGAGAUCCUGAAGAUGCUGAAAAAGAAGAGCAAGCUGCUGUUCAAGCUGAUAGACCUGUUAAAGAAGCUGCUGAUAUACAGUCUGAACCUUGGGGUGGAGAAGCUGUAGCUGCACCAGAAGUUACUGACUGGUCUGCUGAACCACCACAAGUUACAGCAUUUGACAACACUGAGGACUGGUCUGCUUCUGCUGGAGAUUGGACAUCUGCAGCCGCUAUUCCACCAGCAGCUGCUCCAAUCCAACCUGCACCAACUUCUGAUUGGUCUGCUUCUACUGACACUACUGCAUGGCAGUAAAAUGUUUCUUGAAGACUAAUAAAAAAAAAAGAUGUGA